GCAGGACAGGUGAGCGAAGCGCGGCGUGUGGCCUUUUCCCUCCGUCGGGGGGACGAGUGGGGCCCCCCGUCGGCGCGGGGCUCCCCGCUGGACCACCUCUCUGCCAGCGCCCACCCCAGCGCGGCCUGUCGGCACAGGCCGAGCAGAGUUGGUCUCGGCGCCGUCCCCGUCCCUGGCUCGGACGCUGUCCAGGGGUGGUCGGGCCUGGUCUCUGGUGUCUCCGGCGGGGCCUUGGCUCCCCUCCUUCCCCGGCUUCCCCCGGCCGGGCCGAGGGCCCCUCGCGCGCCCAUUGUGAGGUCAGGGCCUGCGGGCGCGCCCUGGCACCUAGGCCGAGACUCCCGGAGCGGCUGCUGCAGCCAGUAGCAGCCCCUUCACCGCCGGCCCCUUCACCGGCUGCCCCGCUCAGACCUAGUCGGGAGGGGCGCGAGGGAUGCAGCUGGGGGCCCAGCUCCGGUGCCGCACCCCGUAAAGGGCUGAUCUUCCACCUCGCCACCUCAGCCACGGGACGCCAAGAUCGCAGCCAGCUCAGACCUCUUCUGGUGCUUGUGAAACUGAACACAACAAAAGUAUGGAUAUGGGAAACCAACAUCCUUCUAUUAGUAGGCUUCAGGAAAUCCAAAAGGAAGUAAAAAGUGUAGAACAGCAAGUUGUCGGCUUCAGUGGUCUGUCAGAUGACAAGAAUUACAAGAAACUGGAGAGGAUUCUAACAAAACAACUUUUUGAAAUAGACUCUGUAGAUACUGAAGGAAAAGGAGAUAUUCAGCAAGCUAGGAAGAGGGCAGCACAGGAGACAGAACGUCUUCUCAAAGAGUUGGAGCAGAAUGCAAACCACCCACACCGGAUUGAAAUACAGAACAUUUUUGAGGAAGCCCAGUCCCUCGUUAGAGAGAAAAUUGUGCCAUUUUAUAAUGGAGGCAACUGCGUAACUGACGAGUUUGAAGAAGGCAUCCAGGAUAUCAUUCUGAGGCUGACACAUGUUAAAACUGGAGGAAAAAUCUCCUUGCGGAAAGCAAGGUAUCACACUUUAACCAAAAUCUGUGCGGUGCAAGAGAUUAUCGAAGACUGCAUGAAAAAGCAGCCUUCCCUGCCGCUUUCCGAGGAUGCACAUCCUUCCGUGGCCAAAAUCAACUUUGUGAUGUGUGAGGUGAACAAGGCCCGAGGGGUCCUGAUUGCACUUCUGAUGGGCGUGAACAACAGUGAGACCUGCAGGCACUUAUCCUGUGUGCUCUCAGGGCUGAUCGCUGACCUAGAUGCUCUAGAUGUGUGCGGCCGGACAGAAAUCAGAAAUUAUCGGAGGGAGGUAGUAGAAGAUAUCAACAAAUUAUUGAAGUAUCUGGAUUUGGAAGAGGAAGCAGACACGACUAAAGCAUUUGACCUGAGACAGAAUCAUUCUAUUUUAAAAAUAGAAAAGGUCCUCACGAGAAUGAGAGAAAUAAAAAAUGAACUUCUCCAAGCACAAAACCCUCCUGAAUUGUACCUGAGCUCCAAAACAGAAUUGCAGGGUUUAAUUGGACAGUUGGAUGAGGUAAGUCUUGAAAAAAACCCCUGCAUCCGGGAAGCCAGGAGAAGAGCAGUGAUCGAGGUGCAAACUCUGAUCACGUAUAUUGACUUGAAGGAGGCCCUUGAGAAAAGAAAGCUGUUUGCUUGUGAGGAGCACCCAUCCCAUAAAGCCGUCUGGAACGUCCUUGGAAACUUGUCCGAGAUCCAAGGAGAAGUUCUUUCAUUUGAUGGAAAUCGAACCGAUAAGAACUACAUCCGGCUGGAAGAGCUGCUCACCAAGCAGCUGCUAGCCCUGGAUGCUGUUGAUCCGCAGGGAGAAGAGAAGUGUAAGGCUGCCAGGAAACAGGCUGUGAAGCUUGCCCAGAAUAUUCUCAGCUAUCUCGACCUGAAAUCCGAUGAAUGGGAGUACUAAAAUACCAGAGGUCUCACUUUUGAUAUUGUUUUGCACUUCAUAUGUGCUUCUAUGUAUAGAGAGCUUUCAUUUCAUUGAUUUAUACGUGCAUAUUUCAGUCUCAGUAUUUAUGAUUGAAGCAAAUUCUAUUCAGUAUCUGCUGCUUGUGAUGUUGCAAGACAAAUAUCAUUACAGCACAUUAACUUUUCCAUUCGGAUCAUUCUCUCUAUGAUGUGGUGUGGUUUGUUUGGUUUGUCCUUUUUUUGUGUGUUUUCAAUCAGAAAAUGAAAUAGAGGCAGCUUUUGUAAAUUUAAAAUGGGUUGUGCAAGCAUUAAAAUGCAGGUAUUUCAGAAUCUAGAACUAGGCAUAACCUUACAUAAUACUAGGAAAAUUAUGAGAAAGGGGAAAUUUUUGGUUAAAUAGGAGUAAGGUUCAAACACAAGAAGUACAUGUUCUGUUUUAUUAUGCUCGAUAGAAGACAUUUUUUUUCACUUAUUGGUCCUACCCAGCUUAAUGGGGUGGGGUUUUUUUGUUUGUUGAGACAAUCUGUUCUUUGUAAACAUUUUUAGUUGGAAAAACAGCAUCUGUGUUUUCCCCAUACUCUACAUUUUAGAGAGAGGAAUCUUGUUUUUGUGUGCAACAUAAGAAAAUUGUGAAAACUAAUAGCCAAAAAACCUUUGAGAUUGCAUUAAAGAGAAGGGAUAAAGGACCAGCAAUAAUAUCUUGUAAAUUGCUUUUUCUAAAAUCUGAGAUUAUAGUUUUCCUUAGUGAGUAAUUUAUAAGGAUGGGAACCUUUAAAUGAAGUUAAUGGGCCUUUAAAAAAAAGAAAAGGAAACACCCAUACCUGUAGUUGGAGGAUGAAGACCGGAGAUGGGUUUCCAGUGUCAGGUUAUACUAAAACUAAGCCAAAAAGUCUGAAUGUAGCAUGUAAUGGUUCUCUUCUGUGGUCCAAGGCUGUAAAAUGGACAACCUUGUCACACCUCCCCAGUGCUGUGUUACAACGUGAGGGUGGAUGCUGUCAGUAACCCAGAGGGACCAGGCCUUCCUAGGUUUUCCUAGGCAGUCAGCUGUUAACCACUCACAUGGUAAAUAUCAAAACCACACCUGCUCCAGGACUAAUUAGUGAAACCUGCUCGGAAUUAAAGGCUUCCUCUGGGUGCCUGCUGAACAACUGAGCUCAUGUUAUGAGCAUGUGGUGGUUUCUCUGUUGCCUGAAAGAGCCAUUAAAGUCAAUCCUGCAUGAAGCGUC